AUGUACAAAUAUCUGGCGCUGGGAGCUCGAGUGGCUCGACAGCCGCGGCUCUUCUCGACGGCGGCGAUAGCACGGAAUGCGGAGCAGGACAUGGCGGACAAAAUUGCCGACGUAGUGCGCAUUCAGCCGCUUCCGCGACACAAUGAGACGACAGAGACGAAGCGGGCCCGCCUGCUCUACCAGAGCCGCAAGCGCGGCAUUCUCGAGUCUGAUUUGCUGCUAUCUAAGUUUGCUAAGAUCUAUUUGCCUAAGCUCUCGCACGAGCAGCUGGAGGAAUACGACGAUUUACUGAACGAACAAGACUGGGAUAUCUAUUACUGGGCCACGAACGCUGAGGGAACGAAUCCGUGCCCCGAGCGGUGGGAAAAGAGUCCGAUCAUGGCGAUGGUACGCCAGAUCGCUAAGAACGAGGCGCGCGAGAUUAUGCGGAUGCCUGAUUUGGAAUAA